UUUUCAAUUGCGACCCAGGCCCCGUGGAUUUGCCGGCCUGAUUCCGAAUUGUAGCCGUUCUUUUCAAUUGCGACCGCCGUCUGACCGGGCAGGCCACACAAUUCCGAAUCGUACGUCAUCAAUACGCUACAAACGUCAUCAUUCUGCGUUAGAUUAGGCGGGAACGACGACGAAAACAGCAACAAUGGCGGACGCUGCAUCUGAGACCGGUCAGUGGAAGGGAAGCGAGGUGACCGAUUUGAUCAGUAUAUGGGGCGAUCGUUCUAUCCAGGCAAAACUUGAGGGCUCGUAUAGGAACAGGGCGGUUUUUGAAGAAAUUGCGAGAGAAAUAAACGAGCGGGGAUACAGAAGAUCCUGGCUCCAGUGCCAGAGAAAAAUUAAAAGCCUCCGAGCAAAAUACAAGGAGGUAAAGGACUGGAAUAAACAAAGUGGGCGUCAACGGAUUACAUGUCCGUUUUAUGAAGAGCUGGACCGCAUUUUGGGGGAUAAGCCCAGCGUCCAGCCAGUUGAACUGUUGGACAGCUGCUUUGCUCAAGAGGAGCCCGAGGAGGAGGGCCCAGGUCCCGCAGCCGUCGCGGCCAGCCUGGCUGGUCGGUCUUGCGGUGAUACAGGUGAUGCGUUCCUUGCAACUCCUUCGCCUUCCACCUCAGAUGGAAGUUCUGCGUCCACAAGUGAAGAGCUUGCAUCAUCUUCAGCGUCGUCUGUAAACAGCAAUGGAUCCUCCACAUCCACUGCAUCUACUUCUGCCAGGAGCAGAAAAAGGAAAUCUAAGAUGGAGGCAACGCUGGAUGCAUUUGCAAACAAGAUCACCACUGCCCUUAAAGAGGAUGACACAGACAUCUUACUUAAGAUGCAAGCAGCUCAGCAUGAGCAUGAAAAAAAAAUGUUUGCAAUGAUGACACGGUUUAUGGAGAGAUCAUUCCCGCUGCCACAGUCACACCAAGCCCCAAUGAACUCUUCUCAUCUUUACAGCCCGAUUCCUUCGCCUACUCCUUUCACACGGUUUCCUGUGGCUUCCUCUCCGUCUCCCACCCCGCGCCGGCCCUUUUUCCCAGAUUUAAAUAGACUGCCCUUCAAUAACACUUUUCAACAUCCUCAUAUCAAUCAGCCUUUUUCCCAGGCACCGGGACACACACAGGCUUUUGACGAGGAUCCUCUGCAACCUUCCCAGUGCAAAGAUGAUGAAACUCACUAUACGAGUUUCUAAAUUUUCCAAAACAUUUAUGCCAGUUCAGGCAGUAGGUUUUGCACAACGUUCAAGUGUGACGGUCACUUAUAUGUAAAAUUUUACUCAAGUUUUUAAAAUAAAGUUGUAUAUGUCCUGA